AGCCAAACAAGACACUAGCAUAUCCGUUUUAGGACUUUAUUCCCUCUAUUACUGUCACAAAGGAAAAACCAAGGAGAGAAGCCCAAUUGAGAGACAUGCAUGCAAAGACGGACUCGGAGGCCACUAGCAUUGACGCGGCUUUAUCAUGGCCGCCGCGCUCUCCGCCACGUUCGGCGACUAGACCUCUUUACUAUGUUCAGAGUCCCUCCAACCACGACGUCGAGAAGAUGUCAUUUGGGUCGGGUUGCAGCCCGAUGGGUUCUCCGUCACACCCACAUUAUUACCACUGCUCACCCAUCCAUCACUCCCGUGAAUCCUCCACCUCUCGCUUCUCCGACCGCGCACUUUUCUCAUACAAGUCAAUCCUAGAAGGAAGCGGACGCCGCCGUUACAUCAACAGCGCCAUCGACGAAGAAACUGACGGCGGAGAUGACGACCCCUUUCGAAAUGUGCGUCUCUAUGGCUGCUUGCUACUCUCCUUGUUCCUCUUGUUCACAGUCUUCUCUCUCAUACUGUGGGGCGCUAGCAAAUCCUACCCUCCUAAAGUUGUGGUAAAGGGGAUGCUGGUGAGGAACUUUAACGUGCAGGCUGGGAACGAUCCUAGCGGAGUGCCCACUGACAUGCUGUCUCUUAAUUCGACGGUCAGGAUCUUCUACCGGAACCCCUCCACCUUCUUCGCCGUCCAUGUCACUGCUUCCCCUCUCCUCCUCCACUACUCCAACCUCCUCCUCUCCUCCGGUGAGAUGGAGAAGUUCACGGUGGGUAGGAAAAGCCGAAGGAAUAUAGCCACGGUGGUGCACGGCCAUCAGAUUCCCCUAUACGGCAGUGUCUCUCCCCAUCUCGACACACUGUCCCUGCCCCUCAAUCUCACUCUUGUCCUCCGUUCCAGGGCUUACAUUUUAGGCACACUCGUCACCUCCAACUUCCAUACAAGGAUCAUUUGCUCCUUCACUCUUAAUGUCAACCGCCUUCCCAAACCCAUGUCUCUUAUCCACUCAUGUACUCAUCACCACUGACCCACAUUGCACACCUUUGUGUGUUCUUUGGAUAUAUUUUUUUUUUCUAUAUUUUUUUAUCUUUUGCAAUCAAUCAAUCAACAAAUUCUUCCAGGAAUAUUGUUAAGGCCAAAAAAGUUGGUACAACUCAUCACAUAUAGGUAAAUGCAGAAAGGUUACAGUUCCACCGAGUUUAUUAACAUUCAAGAGUGAAGAACAAUGGGCCAAGAUUCUACCUAAAAAAAAAAAUCAGUGCCUAAAAUCAAACAUUAUCGGUAACUAAUGUACAAAUAUACUAUGAGUAGCCUUGGAAGUUGGAAUGAAGAGAACCUCCUGUAGGGAUGUCCAAACGGGUUUUCACUACCCAUUUACGUCCAAGCCCAUUUAAAUUUUCUGUCCAUUUAGAGCCCGUUUAAGUAAUAAUAUUAAAUGGGCUUCGCCGGGUUUGUCCACCUUUGUCCAUUUAAGUAACGGAUUUUGUUGUUAGUUUUGAUUGUAGGGUCUUUAAUUUGUUAAAAGCUUGUUGCUUGUGCUUUAUCUGGGUUCUUUGUUUAUGGGUUUAGAUUAUUUGUGUAAAAGCUUUCUCAUUUGUCAAAAGCUUGUUGCUUGUGCUUGAUCUGGGUCCUUAAGCUUGUGAUUUCAUCACGUGUAUAGUAUUGCACAAGAGGAGGGUUUUAGUUUAAUCAUGUAGAUUAUGAUGACGUUUGCUUUUAAUUUGGUUGGAAAAGUAUUAUUAAUCAAAGUCGCUCUUCUCUCUUUUGUUAACGUGUGUAGGGGAGGGGAUGAUGGUUUUGUAGCCGUUCGUUUGUAGUGGAAGAAUUGGAGAGGAUCGUGGCUUCUAUCAUCUCGGUCGAGCGGGUCAUGGUCUAGUUAUGUUUUAUAUGACAGGUUUCAUGUUUCAUUCAUUUUAUGAUGCAGAUAGGUUAUGUUCAUUUUUUUUUAAGUAAACGGGUUUUUAACGGGCUUUAAAUGG